AUGAAGCUCUCUAUGCGUUUGAUCUCAGCUGUUCUACUCAUGUUCAUGAUAUUCGUCGCCACAGGGAUGGGACCAGUCACAGUGGAGGCACGCACGUGUGAAUCGAAGAGCCAUAGGUUCAAGGGUCCAUGCGUGAGCACACACAACUGCGGAAACGUGUGCCACAACGAAGGCUUUGGGGGUGGUAAAUGCCGAGGGUUCCGUCGUCGUUGCUACUGCACCAGACAUUGCUGA